UCAGGAAAUGAUUGAGCUGGAGGCAAGGCGUGAACGUGUUAAACUUAAUGUUGCUCUUCUCAAGGAAAAAGAAGAAGAGGAAAAGAAAGCUGGACAGAAAAUUACUCGGCAAAGUGUGAGCACUGGUAAAGUUGAAGGCCCGAAUUUGAGAAGUUUCAUUCGACAAUUUCCAGCUGCUUCUAUGAAAGGUGACCAGCAUGGGGAUGCAUCUAAUGCAACAGAUAGCAUGAGGAAUGCUGAAGAAACUAGGAAAGAAAAAACAGUUCCUCCCAAAGUGAAGCAGCAGCCUGAGUCCUCAGAACCUGCAGGAUCUGGUCAAUCCUUCAGACCAGGAACAUGGCAACCACCAACAUGAGGAACAAGUCGAUGGACUGGCACUUCAUCAACUAUGAACAGUUUGUGCAUUGCCAAAUGGAUUGUUCAAUCAUUGAUGGGACAUUUUUCUUGAUUUGGACCACAUUAUACCUUGAAGCAGUAUCUUGAGGCACCAUCAUUUUAAGGGCUCACAAGUUGGAAGGUUCUUUGAAGGGGCACAAGUUGUGCAGGAGUAGAUGAAGUCGCCAGAACUGAGCUACUCUGCAGGAAUAGGUAUUGGAAAGUUGUUUCCAGCAAUGCAAGUUUGAUAAGUAUCUCUUGUUUCAUGCCCCUGUUGAUUUUUUUUAUUUUUGUUGAAGAGGUCAUCCACAGAUCUAAUCAUAGACACUGAAGAGUCGAUGUGUAUUCUCUAUGUUUUAACUUAACACAAUUUUGUUGUGCUUUUGAACAUCAAUUCAUGGUUAUCAUUGAAAAUUUUCUCUCUCAA